AGGAGGACUGCAGGAUGCUGAUUCCUCCCUCAUUUGUCCAUAGGGUAUGGAUGAUGGGACAGUUACUGUUCACUGGAUGCUAAUGUAGUCUGUGUGAGUGGAUGCGUUGUGCUCUGCCCCAGGGAAAAGCCAGCAACAAGUGGGCGCAGUGCCCUGGUCUGAGUGCAUGGUGGAGGAGAAGACAGACUGGGCCACUGUGCAUGGAUCAGCCCUGUAUGGCUUUCUGUCCUUCCUCCUAUGGAUUAUAAUGUCAGGGAUCUGUCUGUGUCUAUACAAAGUGGAACAUACACAGGAUCUGUUACUAAGUGCCUCUGAUCUUUGUUUCCUAACUCUUUUCUUCUAAAGUGGCCCCCGCUGCCUAUGGAGGAGUCUCGCUGCUCAUUUGUGCUUUACCCUGUGGAAAUGCUUGGAAGAUGAGAGCAUGAAGUCUCCAGGAUGGGAGCGAACAAUGGCAAGUACGGCAGUGAGGGCAAAGGCAGCUCAAGCAUCUCAUCCGACGUGAGUUCAAGUACAGAUCACACACCGACUAAAGCCCUCAAGAAUGUGGCUACUAGUGAAGAUUCGGACUUGAGUAUGCGAACACUCAGCACACCUAGUCCUGCACUAAUAUGUCCACAAAACCUACAUAGCUUUCAGAAUGGAAGAGGAUCAUCAACAUCAUCAUCAUCCAUCACAGGAGAGACUGUGGCUAUAGUACAUUCCCCACCACCUACACGUCUUACUCACCCACUGAUACGCCUGGCCUCAAAGCACCAAAAGGACCAUGCAAAUAUUGACCGAAUGCCAGAUCAAUGCAUAAUACAAAUAUUUUCAUACCUACCAACAAACCAGUUAUGCCGUUGUACCCGAGUCUGCAGACGCUGGUAUAAUUUAGCCUGGGACCCUCGACUAUGGAGGACUAUAAGACUAACUGGUGAAACACUAAGUGUGGACAGGGCCUUAAAGGUACUGACCCGUAGACUUUGUCAAGAUACACCCAACGUCUGUCUCAUGUUGGAGACAGUAAUUGUUAGUGGCUGCAGGCGGCUCACGGAUCGAGGGCUAUACACCAUCGCCCAAUGCUGCCCAGAGCUGAGGAGACUGGAAGUGUCUAAUUGUUACAAUAUCUCAAAUGAGGCAGUAUUUGAUGUGGUAUCAUUAUGCCCAAACCUAGAGCAUCUGGAUGUGUCAGGCUGUUCUAAAGUGACCUGCAUCAGCUUGACACGUGAAGCUUCAAUUAAAUUGUCUCCUAUGCAUGGCAAACAGAUAUCAAUCCGUUUUUUGGACAUGACAGACUGUUUUUUGCUGGAAGAUGAAGGACUGCACACUAUAGCAGCUCACUGCACUCAGCUUACCCACCUCUACCUGCGUCGCUGCAUUCGUAUCACUGAUGAAGGUCUGCGUUAUAUCAUGAUAUACUGUACAUCUAUCAAGGAGCUAAGUGUCAGCGACUGCCGCUUUGUCAGUGACUUUGGAAUGCGUGAGAUUGCAAAAUUAGAAUCACGUCUGCGGUACCUAAGCAUAGCCCACUGUGGAAGGAUAACCGAUGUGGGCAUCCGUUACAUUGCUAAGUACUGCAGUAAGCUGCGCUACCUCAAUGCUCGAGGAUGUGAAGGCAUCACAGAUCAUGGGGUGGAAUACCUUGCGAAAAAUUGCACAAAACUGAAAUCUUUGGAUAUUGGGAAGUGCCCUCUAGUUUCAGACAUUGGUUUGGAGUUCUUAGCACUCAACUGCUUUAACUUAAAGCGCUUGAGUCUUAAAUCCUGUGAAAGUAUCACAGGUCAAGGCCUACAGAUUGUGGCUGCCAAUUGCUUUGACCUACAAAUGUUAAAUGUUCAGGAUUGUGAUGUUUCAGUAGAUGCUCUACGAUUUGUCAAACGCCACUGCAAGCGUUGUAUAAUUGAACAUACAAAUCCUGCAUUUUUCUAAAAAAUACAGUGCAUUAAUAUGUAUAACAGAUCUUGCACAUGCAGUAACUUGUCCAUACAAAGUUCUGCUUUUUUGUUUGACAAGAACGGAAAGUAAUUAUGUGUUUGUUUUUUGUCUGCAGUUCAGAUAUCUAGACAUGCUGAAUAAGAACCAUGCAUUUGAUCAGUGCUUAAUAUGCGUGCAUAUGUACUUUACGUUGCUAUGUUAAGGUGAUUAUCAUUAGAAAAACAUUCCUGCCAUUGAGAAUAUGUGUGAAUGUGUCAAAUGCUGCAUUUGGUAAAACCUACAAGAUGUUACAUAAUUCAAAUGUUGGAGUUUCUCUGUAAUAGAACAAGUGAACACUUUCUGCAGUUUAUUGUAUUAAAGAGAAAGAAGGAUAAGUUCACUGCCAAAACAAAUUUAUUAUAAUCACAUACACUUACCACCUAUUUUGCAUUAAUAAUAACCUUUUCAUUAUGCAAUAAAAUAAAAAUAAUACAUUUC